CUGCCCGCGGAGGGUGCUGGGGACAGCCACCAGCGCCACUGUACAUUGCACAACCCCCUGUACAGUAACACUGAGCAAACAUUGACGGGCGACUUUGCACUUUGCAUUCGCCACUCGCUUCCUCCUCCUCCUCCUCCUCCUCUUCCUCCUCCUCCCGAGACGCGAAUGCGGAGCCCAAGAUGAAGGUCGAGUUCGCGCCGCGCUCGGUGCCGCUGCAGAGGAGGCUCCAGACGGCAGCCGUGGCUCAGUGGGUCUUCAGCUUCCUGGGGCUGGCCCCGUGCUGCAUCGCUGCCUUCAUCGCCCUCCUCUUCACCCGCUUCUGGCUGCUCAGUGCCCUCUAUGCCGUGUGGUGGCUCCUGGACCGGGACCAGCCCAGCAGGGGCGGGCGGCGCGUCCAAUUCCUGCGGAACGGCGCCGUCUGGAGGUACAUGAGGGACUAUUUCCCCAUCUCGCUGGUGAAGACAACGGAGCUGGACCCCAGGCAGAACUACCUGCUGGGCUUCCACCCCCACGGGGUCCUGGCCACUGGAGCCUUCCUCAAUUUCUGCACGGAGGCCUCGGGCUUUUCCACGCUCUUCCCGGGCAUCACCCCCCACCUGAUGAUGCUCUCCCUGUGGUUCCGGGUGCCCUUCCUCAGGGACUACCUGAUGAGUGGAGGCCUCGUGCCCUCUGACAAGGAGAGUGCCUCCCACGUGCUGCAGAGGCCGGGGGGGGGGAACCUGCUGGCCAUCAUCGUCGGGGGGGCUCAGGAGGCCCUGGAUGCCCGGCCGGGGUCCUGCACGCUGCUGCUGAGGAACAGGAAGGGCUUCGUGCGCUUGGCCAUCCAGCACGGCACCCCGCUGGUCCCCGCCUUCUCCUUCGGGGAGAACGACCUCUUCGACCAGGUGUGGAACCCCAAGGGCUCCUGGCUGAGGUGGAUCCAGCACCGGCUCCAGCGGGUCAUGGGCAUCUCCCUGCCCCUCUUCCACGCGCGAGGCAUCUUCCAGUACAGCUUCGGCUUCGUGCCCUACCGGCGCCCCAUCUGCACCGUGGUUGGGAAGCCAAUCCCAGUGCAGAAGAAGCAGAAACCCUCCGAGGAAGAAGUGGAUCGAGUCCAUGAGAAAUACCUGAAUGAGUUGUCCAAACUCUUUGAGGAGCACAAAGCUCAGUAUAACGUCCCAGCUGACAGCCACCUGGAGUUUAUCUAGAGUGCCUCCAAGCAAGGUGAAACCACGGAGAUCAAGCUCCAGGCUUUCCCUUUCCCUGGAACUAUCUCACAACCUCAACACAGUCACAGUUAACACACAAUCUGUACAGUGUAGGGAGAAGGAACUUGAUUUUCCCAGGAUUUGAUGGGUGUAGAGCCAGAAUUUUCGGGUUUUCAUCACAUAGGGGACACGUGGAUGGUAUAAAGAAGGAGAAGGAAAAAAAUCCCAUCUGUGGACAGCACUACUGAAACUCCCCAGCACACUCCCAGCCUGCCUUGGACGGCAGUUUUUCCAGAUAUUUCCAGGUAGAUCUGAAUUCCUUAAAGUUUCCUUUGCGUUAUUUUCAUUCUGAAACGGGAUGAUGAGCCAUAAUUCCUGCUGAAUGUAUGGGGUUUUUUUUAAAAUAUAAUUCACCUUGAUCAACAAACAAA